GAGCUCCGCUUAGGACCUGGGACCAAUCAGAGACCUCAGCUCUGGACCCUCCUCUGUCCGGCCUCGCGGGCGAAGUGGCGCCAUGUUUCAAGGGCAGCGCGGUUGGUUCAGCGGCAGCGUCAGCCGGGACCUGAGGCGGUUCUGGGUGGCCGAAGGGGGGACAAUCAGUGACCCGCGGGCAGCCGACUUCUUGUUCAGCUGCGAUGCCUCGCACCCAGACACGCUGAGAAUAUAUCAGAGCCUUGAUUACAUAGAAGAUAAUGCUACAGUUUUUCACGCCUACUAUCUCUCUGCAGUAGCUAAUGCUGAAAUGAAAAAUUCGGUGGCUUUAGGUCAUUUCAUUCUUCCUCCUGCAUGCCUGCAAAAAGAAAUAAGAAGAAAAAUUGGUGGUUUUAUUUGGGAACAAGACCAACAUUUUCUGACAGAAAAGCAUAAUGAAGUAACACCAAAUGAAAUAAAGAUCCUUAGGGAAAGCAGUGAACUAGCAACAGAGCACAAAAAAGAAUUACCCAAAAGGGCAGAAAAGCAUUUUAUAAGGACUCCAGUUGUAGAAAAGCAGAUGUACUUCCCUCUUCAGAAUUAUCCAGUGAACAACAUGGUAACAGGUUAUAUAUCAAUUGAUGCCAUGAAGAAAUUCCUUGGGGAACUACAUGACUUCAUUCCUGGAAGCUCAGGAUAUUUAGCAUACCAUGUUCAAAAUGAAAUUAACAUAUCUGCUAUAAAAAACAAAUUGAAGAGGAAAUAUUAAGUUAUAUUAUAAAUAUUUGGGCAUUUAUCUUCUAUAAAAUAUUACCAGAGAUGUGCAUAAUUUAAAAUGUUCCCCUUUGGAACUCAGGAAUGGGGAAAUAGGGAAAAAUUCUUCUCUUUCUCAAAUGUGAAAAUUCAGAAUCAUUUUGGCUCUGUAUUUUGACUUUUGGGCUGGAUUUUUUUCCCUAGCUUGUUAUAUUACAUUCACAAAUUCUGAGUGCAUAGUUGUUAUGGAGUAAUUGUCAUUGAAACAUGUUUCAUAAGAAGUUGCAAUCUCUUUGUCUGUCUUUGUCUCUCUCUCUCUCUCUCUCUCUCUCUCUCUCUCUCUCUCUCUCUCUCUUUCCCCACCCCUUUCUGUCAUAUGAUCUUUUGGUUUUAAUGUUCUAUUCUAUUUUUUUUCUAGGUUCAGUACUAUGAAUGCUAAGGUUUAUGAUUCUGGUCAUUUUAUUUUGAUUUAAAAAAUUAGAAUGCUAUAGUUGAGUUCUGAUUAUUCCUUCUGACUUGAAACAUAUGGAGUAAAACAUUUUAGUAAUUCAUAUUUCAGGUUGGAUGGUUUCUGAUAAUAAAUGUAUCAUAAGUGACUUAAUAUAAACAGACUAUGAGUGUUAUAUUAUCUGAGGUGAACCUGCAAGGCACCUUAGAAUCACAGUGCUGGAAAGGACUUUAGAGAAUAUAGAUUCCAACUAAUUUGUUGUUUAUAAUGAAGAAAUGAAGACCCUGAGAAGGUAUCUUGCCAAGAGUGACUAAUAAGGGGCCAAACCAGAACUGGAACACAACCCUCUUCAUUUUCCAGGCUAGUGCUUCCCUACUCUCCCACAGUGGUAUAUGCUAUAGACUCUGUGUCAGGUAUAAUAGGACUACAGAUCCGCAAAGCAGACCUCAAAAUAAGCCAACGUGCUUGUCUUUUAAAUAAACUGAAAUAGUAUUGAAAUGUAGUGAUUUCAAGAAGGCAACUUGUUAUCUUUAUUCAUAUGGCCAUGCUAUGUAGAGUCUGGUCCAUUUAUUAUAUUUUGGAGACUUGUAAAUGACAUUUUAUUUGUGAAGCUAUCAUCUUGUUAGAACUGUGCUUCCUCCUAGGAAGUGCAUACCAGCUGUAGAAUUAUCCAAAGAAAAUGCACACUUUUUUUAGUGCUUGGAUCAUUUGGGUAUAUGUGGGUCUGGCCCUGGUCUUUCUCCCAUGACUCAAAUUCUGUAAUACAAAAUUUUAACACUACUCUUGGCAUCAGCAUUUAAGAGUUAUGUUUUUCCCAUAUGGUAACUUUUCUUUGUUUAUAUUCAUAUCUGUGGGUAAGCCCUUCUGAACUUGUAAUUUUUUAAGAAACUAAAUGUUAAUUAUCUUUUCCUGAAAUGUGUUUUUCCUGAACACUUGAUCUUAGAUACAUGCCAUUGAUUGUUUUUUAUAUAGAAAUCAAGCCUGUCUCUAGAUCUUAAAUUAAUUAUUAAGAGGAUUAAGUAAAUUUACACCAAGUUGUAUACAUUGGGAUUUCUUGGAGGACAGUAUCCAGUAUUUUUUUGACAUAUGUAUUAUGCAUGUGUUAACAUAGUAAAUAGAAACUAUGGCUACAAUUUUGAACCAUAAGAACCAUACCCUAGAUUUGGCAAAGCAUGGGACUGAAAGAAGCCUGAGAUCCUGAGGACAUUGUGGAAAACUUUGCCAUCCCAGCCUUGGGUCACCUGCCUACUUCUGGACUUUUAUAUGGCAAAUAAAUAAACUUCUGUUUUGUUUAA